UGAUUUUCAAGGCUGAGUUCAUCCACUUAGCCACAGUCUCUGGGAAGCAGUGCGGAAGAAUUCUGUCACCAGGACACUUCAGCUACAAAAUCCAUCUGCUUAAAAGAUAGAGAAAACUCUCAGAAACAUGAUUUGCUUGCAGUUCCUAUCUCUUCUUACCUAUGGACUUACAGUGCUGCAGGGGGUGAAUGGGUGGACAUACCAUUAUUCAGACACAAACAUGACCUACAGGGAAGCAGAGCUGUGGUGCAGAAAGAAGUAUACUAACCUGGUUGCCAUCCAGAACAAGGAGGAAAUCAAGCAUCUCAAUGCCUUCUUGCCCUUCAAUCCGGGUUACUACUGGAUUGGAAUCAGAAAAAUUAAUGGUGUGUGGACCUGGACUGGAACUAACAAAGAACUGACAGAAGAAGCAAGAAACUGGGCUUCAGGGGAGCCAAAUGGCAAAGGGAACAACGAGGACUGCGUUGAGAUCUACAUCAAAAGAGGGAAGGAUGAUGGCAAAUGGAAUGAUGAGCAGUGUGAGAAGAAGAAGGUUGCCUUGUGCUACACAGCUUCUUGCAACCCAUCUCUCUGCAGUGGCCAUGGAGAAUGCAUAGAGACUAUCAACAACCACACCUGCCAUUGCAACCCUGGCUUCUAUGGGCCUGAAUGCGAGUUUGUUAGGAGUUGUGAUCCACUAAAGAAACCUGAUCAUGGGAGCCUUGAGUGCCACCAUCCAUUGGGGGACUUCAACUACAACUCAUCCUGCAAAGUUCAGUGUGAGGAGGGCUAUGAGCUGACUGCACUGGAGUCUGUCCACUGUACCUCUUCUGGAAUCUGGUCUGCCCCCCUUGCAGCAUGCAAAGCUGUGACCUGUCCUGCCUUGGAAACGCCUGUCCACGGGGCUGUGAACUGCUCCCAUCCCUCGGUGCAGCUCACCUGGGGAACCACCUGUGAGUUCACCUGUGAGGAAGGAUUUACCCUGACAGGACCAGCUACACUGCAGUGCGGCUCUUCGGGGGCCUGGGACAGGCAGCAGCCAACGUGUGCAGCUGUGCGGUGUGAGGCUGUCCCGCGGCCAGCAGAAGGCUCAGUGAGCUGUGACCACGCUCCUGCAGAGCUCACCUCUGGCUCACGCUGCGAUUUCCAGUGCACCGAGGGAUAUGUCCUGGAGGGCUCACCCAGCACGGAGUGCACGGCACAGGGACAGUGGUCAGAGCCGGUGCCCAAAUGCAAAGUCAUACAGUGUGAACCACUGAGCUCUCCUGAGCAAGGCUCCAUGGAUUGCUCCCACGGGGUUGGGAUGUUCACCUACAACACCUCCUGCCACUUCAGCUGCCUUGAAGGAUGGAGUCUCAAUGGCUCUCGUGUUCUUGAGUGCAGCCACUCAGGAAACUGGAGUGCCAGCCUGCCCACAUGUGAAGCCUCUGACCAAGCCAGCUACAUCUCUGUGGGCAUAGCAGCCACUUCUGCCUCCCUGCUGUCCACAGCAUCAUUCCUCCUUUGGCUUGCAAGGCGCUUCCGGAGAAAAGCAAAGAAGUUUAUUCCUUUCAGGAACUGGCAGGAAACUGCCAGUGAAGGUAGUUUCCAAAGUGCUGGCGAGAAUGUCUAACUCAGGUGUUUCAGGAAUUGCAGCCACCUUCACUAACAUCUCAUAUUUCUGGAGAAUGAAACUGCCUGCAAAUCAGCAGCUGUCCAGAUGUUUUUAACUUUUGAUGACAAGAUGAUUGACCUCGUGUAUGAUUCAGAAAUCUUGAACUCAAGCUGUCUGGUAUUUCCAUUGAAGACAAACACAGAACUCUGGCCUUGUGGCCAAACCCUGCCUACAUUCAGCCAUGUAGUUACUCUGAACUGGGAGCUUGCCAUCUCCUGUCCAGGUGGUGAGCAAACAGUGCACUGCUGCCUAAAAAGGAGGCUGGUUCCUCCUCUGCUCCACUCAAAGGUACCGAGGUGAGGUGAAGACAUGCAUUAUUUCACAUCACUUACUACACUGCUGGAGGUGUCUCCUCUGGAGUCACAGGGGUUAUGCUUGCAGAAAAAGAAGAAUCAGGAUGGAAAAAUAUUCACUGAACAGCUUUGAAAUUGUUGAUCUGGUUUGUGGAAGUCAGUUUAUUUUCAGAUGUCCCAGUCAACAGAUAUGCCUACAUUGAUAUGGGCAAUUAUUUGGAUUUCUGCUGCAUAUCCCAGAAAAGGUAGAAGCCUUUAAAAAAAAAAAAAAUAUAACAGCACUAGGAACCAUAGUGCUUACACAGGGUACUCUGGUUUCUGAACACAGCAGGUAGAUCUGAAAUUAUCUCAUCCCUGUGGGAUUCUGUACUGUAAUAUGUGUAUAUACAUAUGUAUUUAUUUGAGCAGCUUUUACUGUGGAUAUUUCUGUGCUCUUAACUGUACAUGUAUUAUAAAAUACUUGUUCUUGAGUAGGUCUUUGGCUGUUGAUCAAUUGAUCAGAAUUUAUUUGAAACUAAAUUGGAAGUGUUUGUAAGGAUUGCAUGCCUGCAUAAUGUUUACAAAUGAAAUGGAAGACUGAGAUUUGUAUGUUUAUGUAUUGAAAAUAUGAUUGUUUUAGCUGUUAAAAGUCUUCAAAUGAGACUCUCUUUUAAUUUAUAUUUAAGUUAUGAUUAUAAAUUAAAAAUCUCUCAUUUAACCUGAUAUGUAUUGUCCUAUUUGUAACA